GGAUUUGUGUGUCGUUCUAAAACGAAUUCUCACUGUAUGAUCAUCACUCUUAGCCCCUAUUUUCGCCUUAUACUCAGCCGGUUCCCCUACAUUGUUCUUCGAGUCGAGAUGACCACUGCGGCCAGACCCACAUUCGAGCCCGCGAGGGGCCGAGAGAAAGAUCUUGGUGCUCUUUCGAAACAAUACUCGUCCAGAGAUCUCCCCGGCCAUACGAAACUCAAAUAUCGUCAGAGUGGUCAAGGAGCACAGGACGAUCUUCGCAGCCGGGACUUCAAGAGAGAGCUCGAAGAGCGCGAGGAACGUGAGCGCAGCGGCAAACGACGCCGCGACGGGGCUUCAGACAGCCGCGAGGCCAAAGCGCUGCCCCAGAGUACCAAUCUAGACGCUGACGAGCCUUUGCGAGAUUCUUCGUCGGACGAAGAUAGUGACGAUGAGGACAAUGCGGCUGAGCUCCAGGCCGAGCUGAUGCGCAUCAAAAAACAGCGGAUGGAGGAGGAAGAACGUCGGGAGGAAGAAAAACGACAACAAGAAGAAAAGAUCCGCAUGGAGAAUAUCCUCUCAGGGAACCCGCUCCUCCAAGGAGGAUCUUCAUCGGGCAAAGAGUUCAAAGUGAAGCGGCGCUGGGACGACGAUGUAGUUUUCAAGAAUUGCGCGAAGGGCGAGCCUGACAGCGCGAAAAAAGGAUUUAUCAACGACACCCUUCGUUCGGAAUUCCACAAGAAAUUCAUGGACAAAUACAUCAAAUAGGUCAUGUCGGCUGGAGAGAUGG